AAAGAGGAAGGUGUUCUGAGUGGAGAAGAUGACAAAGAACAGAAAGAUCCCUAUUUUGUGGAAACUCCUUACGGCUACCAGUUAGACUUGGAUUUUCUCAAGUAUGUGGAUGAUAUACAAAAGGGAAACACGAUUAAGAAAUUAAAUAUCCAGAAGAAGAGGAAACUAGUACCAACUUUUACAGGUACCAAGAACUCCAGUGGCCAAUACAGUGGGUGGACCUCAACAGAGUCUCUCUCUUCAUCAAACAGUGAUGAGAAUAAGCAGUCCUCCUUUGCAGCAAGAAAUCAAGUAGCAUCGUCUGUCACUGCAAGGCCAUCAGUUUCCUUUGAAGCCUCUCCUACCUUCUUAACCAUUCCUGAGAGCAGACAACUUCCCCCUCCUUCACCACAGCUUCCUAGGCACAAUCUUCAUGUAACAAAAACUCUCAUGGAAACCCGGAGAAGACUGGAACAGGAGAAGGUUAUAAUGCAGGUGACUCCAGGGGAUGUCCGCAGGCCCAGGCUUUCCAGCUUUGGAGGCUUGGGCUCAGCAAGCUCCCUUCCUUCCUUUGUAGGAUCUAGUGGACACAAUCAGAUGUCUCAACAGCUUCAAAAUGGGUACCAGGGUAAUGGAGACUAUAAUGUCUAUCUUGCUUCCUCUUUGGGCAGCUCCAUCCGUCAUAGCCCAUUGAGUUCAGGAAUAUCAACCCCUGUGACCAAUGUGAGCCCAGUGCAUCUGCAGCAUAUCAGGGAACAAAUGGCAGUUGCCCUCAAACGCCUCAAGGAGCUUGAGGAACAAGUCAAAACUAUUCCUGUGCUCCAGGUCAAGAUUUCAGUAUUACAGGAAGAGAAAAGACAGAUGAUGGCGGAACUCAAAAGCCAAAGAAUACCCAAUCAAAAUGACACUUAUGGCUUCAGAAAGCGAUCUUAUAGUGCGGGAAACGCAGAGCAAUGGGGACAUCUGUCUCAGGUCAGAAGAGGAGGUGAAUUAUAUAUAGACUGUGAGGAAGAAGUGGAGCAGAACUCUCAGAGGACAGAGGAGUUUAGGCAAUUGACUUUUGAAAUGCAAGCAUUAGAGAGAAAAAUCCAGGACAGCAACUAUGAAAUCCCAUCUAAUCUUCGGACAAACAGAGAAAAUAUAACAAAAGAAAGCAAGUCGGUUGCUGUGGGUGCUGAUGAAAAUAUGAAUGAUGUGGUUAUCUAUAACAGGUCUUCCCGGCCAUGCAUGGAGGUAGCUGUGGGAACAGAGACAGAAACUAGAGAUUCUGGGGUUGGGGUGACAGAGGUGAUGCUUGGCAUCACCACAGAAGCUGAAAAAGAAAUAGAGCUUCAGCAACAGACCAUUGAAGCCCUAAAGGGGAAGAUCUACAGACUUGAGGUUCAAUUAAAAGAAACUACUCAUGAUAGGGAAAUGACCAAAUUAAAACAAGAGCUGCAGGCAGCUGGAUCUAGGAAAAAAGUGGAUAAAGCAUUGAUGGCUCAACCUCUGGUUUUCAGCAGAAUGGUGGAAGCUGUAGUACAAACAAGAGACCAAAUGGUAGGAGAUCAUGUGGAUGUUGCUGACUCCUGUGUGGGGAACCAUCUACAAAUGAGAGAUAUUGGAAUCUCCUGCAGGCCUAAUUUGCAGAGUACAGCUGUGGGUCCAGAACUGCUAAUGAAUCGGUGGCUUGUGAAGGAGAGAGCAGACAUGCGUGACCAAUGCACGGGGAGAUCUACUGAGAUGUGCGACAAGAAUGUGGGCACAGAAAUGAGUGUUUGUGAAACUGGCAUCAACACUGAAGAGUCUGUGGAUAAUUUGAGUCUCUGCAAGACAGAAGCGGAAAUCAAGGAAGUACGGUCGAUAGGUUGUGGAGAUUGUUCAGUGAAUGUGACUGUUUGUCCACCAAAGGAGUGUGUGUCCCGCAGCACAAACACAGAGGUUGUUUGCAAAGUAGAAUCUGCAGUUAUGGCAGUGCCUCAGACAGCUACCCAGCAAACCAGUACAGUAUUGGCAAUGGUGAACCAGUUCACCAAUACAGAAACCGCUUCUCUGAUGGAUUCCAGCACAAACACCAUUUUGAACACUUACGAUAAACAGACUAACACUGUGAAUGUCGAGAUGCGGACUGUAGCAGUGGGAGAUGGUCGGGUAAAGGACAUAAACACAUCUGCCAAAACUCGUUCUGUUGGAGUGGGAACCUUGCUUUCUAGUGACUCUAGCUUUGACAAGCCAUCUGUGAUAAAGACCAAGGAUUGUGGAGUAGGGCAGAUAAACAUUCAUGAGAACUAUCUUGUUGGUCUUAAAAUGAGAAAUAUUGCGUGUGGUCCACCGCCAUUGUCUAUUGUGUCAGCCAGUACCAGAAGCAUUGGUGUUGGGGAUGAGCCUGUGUAUGAACCUGUGAGCAUUUUAGUGGAAAGUCCUCUCCCUCCACCUGAAAUGAGGACUGGCUUGGAUCACUACAUUGAGCAAGUACAGAAGCUGCUGCAGGAACAACAGAUGCUGCUAGCUGAAAACUACAGUGAACUGGCAGAAGCGUUCGGAGAACCACACUCGCAAAUUGGGUCUCUUAAUUCUCAGCUCAUAAACACCCUUUCGUCCAUCAACUCUGUCAUGAAAUAUGCAAGCACUGAGGAGCUGCGGAACUUAGACGUCCAGAAACAAUGUAUGGACAGAAGUGCUACCCCAGAGUCAGCAUUGCUGAGAGAUGCUAACCUGGAGUACAUCCCACAUGGUCAGCUUGCUAGUGCAUGCUUGACUUCUAGCUCCCGGACACUGAAAUUUGAACAGGAGGCUGGAACCAUCCAAGAGGAGAAGAUGAUUGCCACAGUAGAAAGAGGAUGGGGAAAGAAAUCCUUGUCUUCUCAAGACAAUGCAAUACCUCCGAUUAAUCUAACAGAUGACCAGCUUGCCUCUGGCCUCUAUGUAUGUGCAAAUAAUGAAAGUACACUGAAGUCCAUCAUGAAGAAAAGGGAUGGGGAAAAGGAUUUGAACGGUGCAAAGAAGAAUCUGCAAUUUGUCGGUAUAAAUGGAGGGUAUGAAACCACAUCAAGUGACGAGUCUAGUUCAGAAGAGAGUUCUUCCUCAGAGUCGGAUGAUGAGUGUGAAGGCAAUGAGUAUUCCCACCAGGAGCAGAGGCGCAGCCUGCAUAAGAUGGAAGGAGGACAUCAUGAGCUUAAUGCUGAAGAUGUUGGGUGUGUUGGGGUGGAUGAAGAGGUGCAGGCUCAAGAGAGUGAGCCUGAGAAGGUUGAAAUCAGAGAAAGGUAUGAAUUAAGUGAAAAGAUGUUGUCUGCAUGUAAUCUACUUAAAAGCAACCUAGAUGAUCCCAAGGCCUUAGCCAGCAAAGAUAUGAGAUUUUGUUUAAAUACCAUCCAGCAUGAGUGGUUUCGUGUAUCAAGUCAAAAGUCAGCUGUUCCUGCAAUGGUUGGAGACUACAUAGCUGCUUUUGAAGAGCUUUCUCCCCCUGUCCUCAGACACAUAAUCAACAUGGCAGAUGGGAAUGGCAACACAGCUCUCCAUUACAGUGUGUCACACUCUAACUUUGAGAUUGUAAAGCUGCUUUUGGAUGCAAAUGUUUGUAACGUAAAUCAUCAGAACAAGGCUGGCUAUACCCCCAUCAUGCUGGCUGCUCUUGCAGCUGUGGAGGCUGAGAAAGACAUGCGAAUAGUGGAAGAACUCUUCGGCUGUGGGGACGUGAAUGCUAAAGCCAGCCAGGCCGGCCAAACUGCUCUGAUGCUGGCAGUAAGUCAUGGACGGAUAGACAUGGUUAAAGCUCUGCUGGCCUGUGGUGCAGAUGUCAAUAUCCAGGAUGAUGAGGGCUCCACUGCUCUGAUGUGUGCUAGUGAACAUGGACAUGUAGAGAUUGUGAAGCUCUUGCUGGCUCAAUCCGGAUGUAAUGGCACCCUGCAGGACAAUGAUGGCAGCACAGCACUUUCGAUAGCCCUGGAAGCUGGACACAAGGACAUAGCAGUUCUUCUUUAUGCUCAUGUAAACUUUUCCAAACCCCAGUCACCGAGUACACCUAGGCUCAGCAGAAAGACAUCUCCUGGUCCUACCCGCAGAGCCACGUUUGAUUAG